AAAUCUCAAAUUUUGCUACUUUUCUAAUUUAGUCCCCUCUUCAUGCAGGAUGAUGGUAAUGCUAACGAUUUGGAUGGAAUGCUUGGGAGGAGAAGUAAAAGGGUCCGUACUCUUUCUACCAAGCUAGAUGGUCGAUUCCAGUAUGAUAAGAAAACGAAGUUGUUAGUUGGUCAUCCAUCCCAUGUUGUCAAUCAAGCUAACAUUUGCGUUGACCCUGAGGAACGCUUCCAAAAUUCACUGAAGAAACUCAAGGCGAUAAGUUCUAUUAGCUUUUGUGGUGGUGUUGCUUUGUCUAAUAAAGAUAUUUUGGAUUUAAUUGACCGGAAGAAAAAUCUUUCAAGCAAGGUUAUGGAUGCUCUCAUCAAGUUUAGUCGUCAUUUGUUGAGGACUGAUGAUGUUGAUGGCGAUAAACUUCGUGUUGAAGUCCUUGAUUCAAAGUUCGUUUCACUAUUCUGCCGUCAAUUCCCUAAGUUUUCCCGAUGCCCGUCCAAAUCGGAGUUCCAAUUCCCACCGCCACUAACCGAUCUCCUUUCCGGUGCUAGGGAGUCUGACCGUGUCCAGUUAUUCACGGAGGCUGAUUACUUGUAUCUGCCUUUUAACUUUGACAAGAAGCAUUGGGUAGCUUUAGCUGUUGAUCUUAAAUCCCGGAAGAUCAUUGUCUUGGAUUCAAAUAUCCAACGCCGCAAAGAUUCUACUAUUCAGGAUGAGCUUAUGCCUCUCGCAGUAAUGCUGCCAUACCUUUUCAAACAGGCUGCCUUCAAUCCUCUUAUGAGUAACUGUCUGCUGGAUCCAUUUUCUAUAGAGCGCCCUCUUAUCAUUCCUCAGGUUGCUUCACCCCUUGAUACCGGCAUCUUCUCUAUAUUCCUUAUCCAUACUCAUGCUACCGGGGGUGUGUCUGAAUGCGUGGAUUUCGAGGUUGGCGGCCUUCAAAGUGAAGUGAAAAAGUUAGUGUCGGCUUUAAUUCUCGCUGGCGGUUACUAGCUAACUCUAAUGUUAUCGAAGUCCAUUUUUCAGUGGUGUUUAUGUUCAUCGGAUCCUGUCUUCCCAUUCUUCUUUAUUUUGUUUAACUAGGAUUUUAUCCAAACUUGCCCCUUAAUAUAUUUGGAAUUGAACGUUUUAUUAUCGUAGCUUCGUAAUUUAUUAUGGGAAAAUUAAUACUCAAUAAAUUCU